UUUCCUUCUCUUUUUUCUACAGAGAGGUGGUGGCGCUCGCGGCGGUGCGGUAAUCUAAUCUAAUCUAAUCUAAUCAUAGGGGUGUGUAUGUAUAAAGGCCCGGCUUGUCCCGAGCUGAGGGGAGUUGGAUUGGAUCCCGCGCCCCACCCCCGCCGCGACGUGGUGAGCUGAGCUGUUUCUUCCUCCUCCUUCCUCUCCUCGGUCGGUCAGUCCUCACUCCUCACUCCUCCUGUCCUCUUCCUGCUGCCGCGCCUCACUCACUCUACGCCUCUACGCUCUGCCCGCCUGCGUCGGAUCCUGCCGCUGCCUGCCAACUGCCAUCCCCGUCCUUGCUCCUGCCAUUUCCUUCUAGCCCCUGUCUCUGCCUGCGUCUUGGCGUCCACCUCGGCCGGCCUCAAGAGGGGUGUGUGUAUGAGGAGGUGAGGGGGAGCCGGAGCCGGAGCUAUUACAGACACCGAGGGGCGCGGCAUCUGGGGUCUGGGGCCGGCAAUGGCGCCGUGGUGGGGGCAGGAGGCGCGGGGAGGGGCGUCCGGCGGCAUGACGGGGACGCCCGUCGUGGUCAAGAUGCAGACCCCGGACUGGGCCAUCUCCGAGGUGCCGCCGCUGCCGGGGUCGCCGGCCGCCGGGGGCAAGGACGGCCGCGGCAAGAACGCGCGCCAGAUCACCUGGGUGCUGCUCCUCAAGGCGCACCGCGCGGCCGGGAAGCUCACCGGCGCCGCCACCGCCGCGCUCUCCGUGGCCGCGGCCGCGCGGAGGCGGGUGGCGGCUGGCCGGACCGACUCCGACUCCGACGCCGCCAACGCCAACGCGCCGCCGGGGGGGAGCCCCGCCAGGCUCCUCGGCGUCCUCCGCGCCUUCCUCCUCCUCUCCGUGCUCCUCCUCGCCGCCGACGUCGCCGCGCACGCCCAGGGCUGGCACCUCGCCGCGCUCCCCGACCUGGAGGCCGUCGAGGGCCUCUUCGCCGCCGGCUACGCGGCCUGGAUGCGCGCCCGCGCCGCCUACCUCGGCCCGGCCCUGCAGUUCCUCACCAACGCCUGCGUCGUGCUCUUCAUGAUCCAGAGCGCCGACCGCCUCAUCCUCUGCCUCGGCUGCUUCUGGAUCAAGCUCAGGGGAAUCAAGCCCGUCGCCAACGCCGCCGCCGCCGGCAAAGACGACGUCGAGGCCGGCGCCCAGGAGGAGGAGUUCCCCAUGGUGCUCGUCCAGAUUCCAAUGUGCAACGAGAAGGAGGUGUAUCAGCAAUCCAUUGGAGCUGUCUGCAACCUGGACUGGCCGAGAUCGAAUUUCUUGGUGCAGGUGCUUGACGAUUCUGAUGAUGCUGCGACUUCAGCUCUCAUCAGAGAGGAGGUUGAGAAAUGGCAACGGGAGGGUGUCCGGAUAUUGUACCGACACCGGGUGAUACGUGAUGGCUACAAGGCUGGAAAUCUCAAGUCUGCCAUGAACUGCAGCUACGUGAAAGAUUAUGAAUUUGUUGUUAUCUUUGAUGCCGAUUUCCAACCACAAGAAGAUUUUCUGAAGCGAACUGUGCCCCAUUUCAAGGGCAAAGAGGAUGUUGGACUAGUUCAAGCAAGGUGGUCUUUUGUAAACAAGGAUGAGAACUUGUUAACCAGGCUGCAAAACAUAAAUCUGUGCUUCCACUUUGAGGUGGAACAGCAGGUUAAUGGGGCAUUCCUCAAUUUUUUCGGGUUCAACGGAACCGCGGGAGUGUGGAGAAUUAAGGCACUCGAGGACUCUGGAGGAUGGAUGGAGAGAACGACAGUUGAAGACAUGGAUAUUGCUGUCCGAGCACAUCUAAAGGGAUGGAAGUUUCUGUAUCUUAACGAUGUUGAGUGCCAGUGUGAAUUGCCGGAGUCAUAUGAAGCAUACAGAAAACAGCAACAUCGAUGGCAUUCUGGUCCGAUGCAGUUGUUUAGACUCUGCUUUGUGGACAUUAUCAAAUCAAAGAUUGGAUUCUGGAAGAAAUUCAACCUGAUAUUCCUUUUCUUUCUCCUCCGAAAACUUAUUCUGCCCUUCUAUUCAUUCACUCUCUUCUGCGUCAUACUUCCAAUGACAAUGUUUGCUCCUGAAGCAGAGCUACCUGCUUGGGUGGUGUGCUACAUUCCAGCAACCAUGUCCUUGCUUAACAUCCUCCCAGCCCCAAAGUCCUUCCCAUUCAUCGUUCCCUACCUUCUGUUUGAGAACACCAUGUCAGUGACCAAGUUCAACGCCAUGAUCUCCGGCUUGUUCCAGCUCGGGAGCGCCUACGAGUGGGUCGUCACCAAGAAAUCAGGCCGUUCUUCGGAGGGCGAUCUCGUCGCCCUCGUCGAGAACGAGAAGCCAUCCAAGCAGCAGAGAGUAGGGUCCGCGCCGAACCUCGACUCCCUAGCAGCAAAGGAGGAACUGUACCCGAAAGCGGAUCCCAAACCCAAAAAGAAGAAACACAAUAGGUUAUACAGGAAAGAACUAGCACUCUCCUUCCUCCUCUUGACAGCAGCAGCUCGCAGCCUGCUGUCGGUUCAGGGCAUACAUUUCUACUUCCUUCUGUUCCAGGGGGUGUCGUUCCUGGUCGUCGGGCUCGACCUCAUCGGCGAGCAGGUCGAGUGAUGAGGAUAGGAUACAGCAAGCAGUAUAAUGGAUUUUUCUCUUUCUCAUUUGAUAAAGCGCGUGGAAUCAUGCCGCCGACGCCCGGUUUGAAGCGCGAGAGGAGGCUCUGGCUGAUUGAUCAUCAGAGAGGCUGAAAUGAAAAUGUUGGGGUUGUAGAUAUAUGGCUUGGGACUCGGCCUGUGAGGUCCCAAUUCUUUUGUAAGAAGAACAGAUCGGUCUAGAUUGGGGUUAAUUCUCUUCUUCUUUGACAGUUUACCUUCAAAUGGAGUGAUACUGUUGUCAUCGCAUCAUCAUCUGUAAUGUACUUUGGAAUGCAUAGUGAGUGAUACUUGUUCUACUUGUACACCACACCAACCAUGGAUUGAGAGGAAUGUUUCUGCUUC